AAAAUACUUCUUUAAAAUGUAAAAGAAAACCCCUUCCAUUCUCUAUCUAACAAAAUAAAAACCAAACUAAAGCUUCUUCAAUCUUUAGGUCCAAACCCUGACAAUGGCAAAAGAAGUAGAGAAGAAAGUGAUGAUAGCCAUCGAUGAAAGCGAGUACAGUUAUUAUGCCUUGAUGUGGGUUCUUGACAAUCUUAAAGAAUCUCUCCAAAAAACAUCCCUUGUUGUUUUCAUGGCCCAGCCUCCACCAAGAAACAGCUACACUUUUGCUGCUGCUCUUGGCUCUGCUCGCUUGUAUUCCCCUGUUUUAACUCCUCCAGAUUUUAAUAAUUCUGUCAAAGAAAAUAAUAAGAAGCUCGCAUUGGCUUUCUUAGAGAAAGCCAAGGAAAUUUGUGCUAGUCGAGGGGUAAGUGCAGAGAUAAUUACAGAGGAAGGAGAUCCUAAAUCAGCCAUAUGCAAUGUAGUUCAAAAACUAAAUAUAAGCAUGCUUGUUUUAGGAGAGCGCGGUCUUGGAAAAAUCAAAAGGGCUUUACUAGGAAGUGUGAGCAAUUACUGUGUUCAGUAUGCAAAAUGCCCUGUUCUUGUUGUGAAGAAACCGUAGCAUGACUACUCUAUGUUAUGUUUGAACGAGUAAUUAGACUAAAAUAUGUAUUAGUAUUUGUAUUCUUUUAUCCUAUAUUGCAUCUAGUUCUAAUA